GGUUCAAGUUUCCACUUUUGGUUUCCAAAUUUUUGCAACACGUUCGCUUCGGUAGUCCAAAAAUUUCUGUUACGUUGUCAUAUUGAAUAGAAAAAGGAAAUUAUAGAAGCAGCAGUUGCUGCAGGACCUCCUCCGCCCUAGCUCCCUCCCUCCCAUCCACAUUUCAACCACAUUUCAACAUUUCCACAGCUACUUGGAUAGUCUUACAAGUAGAAUGUCUAUGCAAGCCUUCCAUCAGAGUCUGAAGGUGCCGCUGCGCCUGGUCAACUUCUGUCGACCUUUGCUGUGGCGCGGCAAGGCCGACUAUGCCAAGACCAUUGGGAAUCUGAAAAUUAAGAAGGAGACUAAGGUGCUGGUGCAGGGAUUCACCGGCAAGCAGGCCACAUUUCACUCGAAGGAGGCGAUAGCGUACGGCACCAAUAUUGUGGGUGGUGUCUCGCCCAAGAAGGGCGGCGAGAAGCAUCUGGAUAAGCCGGUGUUCAAGAAUGUCAAAGAGGCCACAAAGGAACUGAAACCGGACGCCACAGUCAUCUUCAUACCGGCGAGCAAUGCGGGCCAAGGCAUUUGUGCGGCCAUUGAGAACGAGAUCGGCCUGAUUGUGGCCAUCACGGAAGGUAUUCCACAGCUGGACAUGGUCCGCAUAUUGCAAAUGCUGCACUGCCAGGAAAAGUCACGUCUCCUGGGUCCCAAUUGUCCAGGCAUCAUUGCGCCGGAGCAGUGUAAGAUUGGCAUCAUGCCGGGCAACAUUCACAAAAAGGGCGUGGUGGGCAUUGUCUCGCGCUCGGGCACCCUUACCUACGAGGCGGUGCAGCAGACCACAAAAGUGGGUCUCGGCCAGACCCUGUGCAUCGGCUGUGGUGGCGACCCCUUCAACGGCACCAACUUCAUUGACGGCCUCAGCAUCUUUCUGAAGGACAACGACACCAAAGGCAUCAUUUUAAUUGGAGAAAUUGGCGGCACAUCCGAGGAGGAGGCAGCCGACUAUUUGAUAGCCCACAACACCGGAUGCAACGCCAAGCCGGUGGUGGCCUUCAUUGCCGGCCAAACAGCCCCACCAGGACGUCGCAUGGGACAUGCUGGUGCCAUUAUAGCGUCCGGGAAGGGCAAGGCCAGCGACAAGGUGACGGCUCUGAAAAAGGCGGGCGCCCUCGUUGCCAAAAAUCCCACCCAAAUGGGCAAGAUGCUGUACGACGAAAUGCUGCGCCUCAAGCUCGUCCAGCCGGGCCAGUCGGAGCAGAAGAACAAGAAGUAGUGAGCAUACAGAGCCAGAUACGAAUUGAGAUUGACAAGCAGGAGAGACCAAUUGAUAUUUGAGUGCCACACCCAGCCGUUCUUUACACGUGUUCUUUACAAUCUUCUAGCUCUUCACAUUUCUACCGUCCACCAGACAGUUAAUAAAUGCUAGAAUUUACGUAAA